GGCCCGCGGCCCCCGCCACCGCCGCCCUCCCCACCAAUCCACCAUUGCUGGUUGCUGCCCACGGAGCCCGCCGUCCUCAACCUGCUCUCUCACUUGGUCGCUCGAAUCUGGGUCUAGCCAUGGAGCCCGCCGGGGUCGCGGAGCGCCUCCACAACAAGACGAUCCUCAUCACGGGCGCCACCGGAUUCAUAGCAAAACUCCUUGUGGAGAAGGUCCUGCGGCUGCAGCCCCCGGUGAAGAGGCUGUACCUCCUGGUGCGCGCCGGCGACCAGGCUUCUGCAACGGAGCGGGUCCGCUCCGAGAUUAUGCAACUUCAGAUAUUUCGACCUUUGCGAGAGAAGUACCAAAAGCAUUUCAGUUCAUGGUUCUGGGACAAGGUUUACCCUGUGGCGGGAGAUGUCUCGUUGAAGAAUUUGGGUAUAGGAGAUGUCGCGCUUGCUGAAGAUAUAUUGAAACAAACAGACAUCAUCGUUCAUAUGGCCGCGACAGUUAACUUCAGAGAAAGAUACGACACUGCUUUGGCAAUAAACACUAUGGGUGUAAAGCAUAUUAUCGAAAUCGCAUCACAAUGUGCAAAGCUAGAACUACUACUCCUCGUGUCAACUGCUUAUGUCAAUGGAAAGGAAUCAGGGAUCAUGCUGGAGAAGCCAUUUCACCAGUACAGGAGCUAUGAUGGCCAAUCAGAUUUAGAUAUUUCAGAAGAAAUGGCAUUGACAGAGGCGAAGCUGAAAGAACUAGUUUGCAGGAAUGCUUCAGAAGAUACUAUAAGACGCACCAUGAAGAAGAUUGGCACACAAAGGGCUCAGAAGUUUGGAUGGAUGAGUACCUAUGUUUUCACAAAGGCAAUGGGUGAGAUGCUAGCAUAUGAACAGAGAUUGCGGCUACCAAUUGCCAUAAUCCGUCCAACAUCCACGACGAGCACAUGGAAAGAGCCUUUUCCUGGAUGGAUAGAAGGAAUCAAAACAAUUGACACGUGGAUUACAAAUUAUGGUAAGGGGAUUCUGAAGGUUCUUCCUGCAGAUGUCACUACUGUCAUAGACAUUGUGCCUGCGGACACUGUGGUCAAUGGAAUGCUUUGCGUUAUCAGUUACCACCCUCGAGGUCAAUCGGGCUUGAUCUAUCACAUUGGUUCUUCAAUGCGCAACCCACUCAAGAUAGGCGAGCUGAUACAUAUAAUGUUCAGAUACUUCUCAGAGAAACCAUUUGUCGGUGCAGGGGGAGAGGGAAUCAAGGUGAAGCAGCUGAUUGUGCCAGCAACAAUGGCCAGCUUCUAUAAGCACAUGGACAUACACUACAAGGUGCCAAUGCAGGAUACGGCAGGCCGUGGGUUGUCUACCACUGACGAGCUUGACAGAUACAACCAUCUCAAGAGAGAGUACAAUUUCACAGUGGCCCUUGCAGAAGUGUUCCGGCCAGGCACAUUCUUCAAGAGGAGGUUUGAUGAUUCCAACAUGCAGAGGCUUAUCGCGAUGAUGAACAAAAGAGACAGAGAACUGAUCCCCUGUGAUACCAAGUUCAUCAAUUGGGAGAAAUACCUUAUGGAAACUCACAUCCCCGGUGUCAUGGGAUAUGAAUCCAGGGAAGCAGCAAGGGCUAGGCUUUAGGAGACUACAGAUUCAGAAGAUAAGCGUCUCGUUGAUGGAAACUAAUAAAGUAUGUUCAGGGCAUGCCACAAAGCAUCUGGCGCGUGGGAUCAACGAUUACGGGAGAUGAUAUUCCGCAAGAUCCUUCAUUGCAUGUUGAAAGGAGAAACGCCAAAAUGGUACAACAGGGGUGGCUACUUAAAUACUCGACUCAUGGACAAUGGCGCUGUAUAAAAUCUCCCUCGUUUCUGUACGCAUGCAUGUAGUGAUGGAGAAAGCUGGCAUGGAUCAAGCUCUCACAUGGCAUGCACUCUCUGCGAAAAGUUUGAGUGCAUCGAGUUCUGUUGGUCAUCUCUUGGACCAGAUGAAUGUAUAGUCCAUACGACUCGAGUUCGUAUACAUCAUACCAGCGUCAAUAGAUAGUUAUAGUCUUAUAGGUACUGCUUUAAUCUUCCUUGAAAUAUGAACUGUUUUGCACGAACA